AUGUCGAAACGCACCCUCGUUUCCUCGUACCAUUACGCUCGCUUCUCCGUCGCGCCGGCGUGCGCGGACGCAUUAUCCAUCCGCAAAUCUAUCCAGGACGCGUUCACGCAGUCAUUUGGCCUCGUUUCCGCCAACACGCACGUCGAUGUCCUGUGGGUCGCGGACGAUGGGUCGGAAGCGGUUGUCCGGCUCGCGGAGAGCGAGGCGACGAAGCUGCUCGCGUCCGUCACGGCUUAUUCAGGACGGCCAAGACUGUCGCUCGUCAAGGAGAGCUCGUUCCUGCCUUCGCUCUUGUCUGUCCAGCCGCUCGGACCAACAUAG